AUGUCCUCCUUCACCUCUCCGUUAUCUGCACGAAGUAUACGUCCUGCUUCGGAAGUCCUCUACAAUCAGCAGUCUCAGCAGAAUGCGCAGGACGAUUCCGGCAAGCUUGGAGAGCAAUGGAUCCAAGACAUCGAACAAUACGAGGUUAUGCUGGAAGAGAUGGCUGCAGCUACACUGGAUACGGAAUUCAAGGACGAGCUGAGUGCGAUCGAGCAGUGGUUCCACGUUCUUAGCGAAUCUGAACGGACUGCUGCUACUUAUGCUCUCAUCCAGCAGACCACUCAGAUGCAACAGAGAUUCUUUGCGCAAGUGCUGAAUCAGAUGGCCAAGAGCCAUCCUAUCUCUGGUGUGCUAUCUCCCGCAAAUUUUGGCGAAAAAGAUCCUAUGUCCAGCCGCAUGAGCGAUGCAAUGGCUAAGUUGAGCCUGGAAAAUCGCAACUCGAUGUCAAGAGUGCCUGCCUCACCUGCCGGAGCCAAGCGUGGUUCCGUAGUCGACCCAUCCGCGAUCGAUCGUAUGUUCCCUGAUGCUGCAGCUGCGAUUGCCCAACAAAAGGCCGAGUACGCUCAAGCCACUGGCAAUUCCCUGCCAAACCGCAAUAGUCAGGCUAUAGGUGACCGCCUCUCUGUACCGAGUCCCGGCCUGUCCGCUGCACGAGACAACAAGUCAGACAACAUGAGUCAGAACUGGCGACAAUCCGAGCCUCAACAAGCGCGCCCAAAAUCUUCAGACAGAUCCGUCCCACAACCCAUGGGUCAAUUUAGCCAACCACUUGCGUCUGCUGGUCUUAAAUCUCCUCGUCCUUUCGGCUCGGUGGGAGGCAAUAUUCAAAAUACAACCAUCAGCACACCUGCACAUCAUGACAUUCCAAUCCUUUCACCAUAUAAUAUUGGAAAUCAAAGCUGGGCUUCGAUGUCUAAUACACCUAUGGUGCCCAACUUCAACACGCAGCAGGCUGCUGCUCAGAGUGACAUGAUUGCAAACGCGACAGCCAUGAAACUUGCUGCUCUCUCGACGGUCAAUAACAGAAUUGCCCUGGACGAUGUGAAGAAAUAUAGACGAGCGAGGUCAAACGAACCGAGACCUAUUGCUGGCCAAGUACCUGCCUCACCGGGCCUGCAAUCGACUGGCAUUCCAGGAAUCAACACCAUCAUGGUUAAUGACCACGGCCAAGUAUUAAACGCUCAGCAAAUCGCCGCGAUCCAAGCACAACAAAUUGCAGCUUCACAAGGUCGUCGGUCAAGGCCAAAUUCGCCAGGUCUCUCCCUUCAAGGUGGGACGGCACAAGCGCAGUUUUCUUCACCUCAGCACAAUGGCUAUCUAGCUGCAUUUGAUGGUAACCCAAUGAUGAUGAAUGCUGGCAUGGGGAGCCUCAUUCCAGGAAUAGGUGCUUUCUCAGGCACCGAGGGAUAUCUAUCAGAUCAUGGUGAUCUUCAACGAGGCCGGUCGCCUAGAGGACGACGUGGUAGUUCGAAGCCACCAGAGGAUCUUGCUGAUCCGAAGCUGCUCGAGGACAUUCCAGGAUGGCUACGAUCUCUCAGGUUACACAAGUAUACAGACAAUCUUAAGGACAUGAAUUGGGAAGACUUGGUACUACUGGACGAUAAAGGUCUCGAGGCGCGUGGUGUCAACGCGCUAGGCGCUAGAAACAAGAUGCUCAAGGUAUUCGAGCAAGUAAGAGCAGCACAGUCUGAUGGAAAGCUAUAG